AUGGGGGAAAGUGCUACCAUUAGGUUAGUUCUCUUAAUCGCUUUGAUGUUUGGAGCAGCUUGUGCUCAAUUGAGUCCCACAUUUUAUGCUACUUCACGCCCCAAUGUGACAAGCAUUGUUCGUGGUGUGGUUCAACAGGCUAGAAACAAGGAUAUCCGAAUUGGUGCCAAAAUCAUUCGAGUUCACUUUCACGAUUGCUUUGUCGAUGGCUGCGACGCUUCGCUUUUGUUAGACUAUGCAGACAGAAUAGUUAGCGAGAAAAAUGCACGGCCAAACCUAUCAACAGAUGGUUAUGCAGUGAUUGAUGAUGUUAAAACUGCACUUGAAAAUGUUUGCCCAGGAGUUGUCUCUUGUGCCGAUAUCCUCGCUCUUGCCUCUGAAAUUUUAGUUGUUUUGGAUGGAGGUCAAUCAUGGCAAGUGCAACUAGGAAGAAGAGAUAGCAGAACUGCAAACAGUGCUGGAACUACUGCCAUUCCAGGUCCCACUGAAAAUCUAGCUAAUAUUACACGGAAGUUCACAGAUCAAGGACUUGACACGACUGACCUGGUCGCUUUAUCCGGUGCACAUACAAUCGGGCGAGCUCAAUGCGAUUCUUUUAGUCAACGUUUAGAUGCAACAAACCCGAACCCAAACAUUGAUCCAACAUUUUUGCAAACCCUUCAACAAAAUUGCCCUAGUGGUUCUCCUACUAAUUUAAAUGAUCUUGAUGUAAAAACUCCUGAUGAGUUUGACAACAGCCACUUUAUUAAUCUUCAAAACAAUCGCGGUCUUCUCAAAACGGAUCAAGAUUUAUUCUCAACUUUUGGCUCUGAUACUGUAGCCAUUGUGAACCGUUUUGCCAGUUGCCAAACUAACUUCUUUGAUGCUUUUGGGGAGUCCAUGAUCAAGAUGGGAAAUAUAAAUCUGUUGACAGGCAGUAAAGGGGAGAUUAGGAUCAAUUGCAAAAGGAUUAAUUAA